CGCUCGGCGCUCGCCUGUUCGCCGCUGGUGCUCCCGCCGCCACCCGAGAAUUCGGUUGAGAGAUGGCCGGGGCGCCGCAGCACCUCGUCGGCUUGGAGCACCAGCUGCAAGUCUCGCGCGAGAGCGCGCUUCUGGGCAACUACGAGGCGUCGCUCGUACACUUUGACGGCGCCAUCUCGCAGGUGCAGCGCUACCUGCGGACUCUCGACGACCCGGCGCUGCGUGCAAAGUGGCUGCGGGCGAAGGAGGACCUCUCGGGCGAGUUCCAGAUUGUCAAGGAGAUCGUGGCCGAGCUCUCAAAGCUCCGCGCCGGCAGCAAGGCGGUCCCGCCUCCGACGGCCGCGGCGCCGCCGCCGUCGCAGCUGUUGCUCCGGCCGGACCCCGUCUCGGUCGUCGGCGGCCCGAGCGGCGCGGCGCAGCAGCGUGACCCGGACGUGUGGUCGCCGCCAAAGCCUCCUCCGGAGCGGUACCCUCCUCCGCCGCGCCGCGCCGCGCCGCCCGACUGGGCGAGGCGCGAUCCGCAGCAGGCGGCGGCGGCGGCGGCGGCGGCGGCGGCGGCGCCACAGCACGGGCCCGGCGCAGCGCGUGGCGCUCGGGCGGCGGCGGCGGGCUACGGCGCGGCGGCCGCCGCCGAUGCUCCGCCAGCGGGAGGCCGGCGGCGCGGCGAGCGCAAGCCUCCCGUGCCUCCGCGUCCAAAGGCGGAGAGAGGCGGGGGGAGAGGGGCGCGGCGGUUUGUGGAUGAGGUUUGCGACAUCGCCGGCCUCGAGGAGGCGAAGAGCGUGCAAGCGAAGCGCGUGCUCGAGGAGGCGGUGGUGCUGCCUCAGCUGAUGCCGGACUACUUCCAGGGCAUACGGAGGCCGUGGAAGGGCCUUCUCCAUCGCCCGCCCUCCCCGACGCCUCGGCCGUGA